UCCUUUCCCCUGCAAAUAGUAUAGUUUGGUGGGCAAGAGAAUGAACAGAAAGUGUGGGAAAAUUCUUUUUUGAAUAAAUUUUUACAUAUCAAAAUGCAGGGCAUAGGCGUGUUGAUGAAUUGUGCAAUGUCGUCGUACCUAGAAGAAGAGCUCGACAAGCGAUUCAAACUCUUCAGACUAUGGGAGGCUUCAUCGAAAGACGAGUUUCUGAGAGAGAAUUGCAAUUCCAUACGAGCGGUGGUCGGGGACACAGCGAUUGGGGCCGAUUCCAAGUUGAUCGAAUCGCUUCCGAGUUUGGAGAUCGUGUCGAGUUACAGUGUGGGUUUGGAUAAGAUCGAUUUGGCAAAGUGCAAGGAGAGAGGAAUUAGGGUUACCAACACUCCUGAUGUUCUCACGGACGAUGUGGCUGAUUUAGCAAUCGGUCUUGCAUUGGCGACUUUGAGGAAGAUUUGUGUGUGUGAUCGGUUUGUGAGAAGUGGGUUGUGGAAGAAUGGUGAUUUCGAGUUGACUUCCAAGUUCAGUGGUAAAUCAGUUGGCAUUAUUGGAUUGGGCAGGAUUGGUUCAGCCAUUGCAAAGAGAGCCAAGGCAUUCGGCUGCUUCAUUAGUUACCACUCCAGAUCCGAGAAACCAUUAACCAAUUACAAAUAUUAUUCUAGCAUCAUCAACUUGGCUAGAGACAGUCAAAUCCUUAUUAUUGCUUGUGCUCUGACUGAAGAAACACGGCACAUUGUCAAUCGCGAAGUCAUUAACGCAUUGGGUCCAAAGGGUGUUCUCAUCAACAUUGGACGAGGCCAACAUAUUGAUGAAUCUGAACUUGUAGCUGCAUUGCUUGAAGGGCGGUUGGGAGGGGCUGGGCUUGACGUGUUUGAGAAUGAGCCAGAGGUACCUGAACAAUUGUUUGGGCUUGAAAACGUUGUUCUUGUCCCCCAUGUUGGAAGCGACACGGUAGAAACCAGCAACGCUAUGGCAGACCUUGUGAUCGGAAACUUGGAGGCACACUUUUGUAACAAGCCGCUGUUGACUCCGGUACAUCCAGCAACAUCUGAUGGGAGCGGGAGGAUAGGCUGAGGCCGGAAGCUCAUCCUGGGGAAGCGUAGGUGUCGCUACCGCCACCAGUUCCAAAGCAGAGUUGCAGAGCAUAUUCAAAACGGUUGCAAUUCUGCAGAUGGAAAUCCGAAAUGUCAUCAGUGGAACACAAACACCAGUGACUCUGAUUAUUUCCCUUUUCAAAUUGUAGAUGGCUGCAGAGUUUUUUGUUGAGGGGUACAUGAAAUUGCAGUCAUUCAACUCGCCAUAAAGACUAUGGGUGCAGUGCAAGAUUGGGUUAGCGAAUGACUGAAGGUCUUAGCCCUUGAAGCCGAUGAUAGAUCUACUAGAGCUGACCAACAUGCUUCUCAAAUACAUUGAAUUCAAUAACUUCCAUUCUCAAUAGUCAUAUUCUCACAUAUAAUACUCUCUCUCUCUCUCUCUCUCUCACACACACACACACACACAAAAUACACUAACAUCUUGUAGAAAUUACGGAUGCGCUUGCGAUGGAUAGAUAAUAUUAACUAAUAACUUUCUCCAAAAAA